GCGUCCGGCAACACUAUCAUGGGCUACGAAUACGUGCCAGAAGCCGACAUCUGGCUGCGCCUGCACAUCGUGCCAGCUGAUUGGCAGGAAGCUCGCUUACGGUGUCAUCUUGAAGGCGGCGUUCUAGCUUCACCGUCAAAUAGUGCUUUGACCAAAGCGAUGAUUGAUAUGAUGUCCUCAAAGGAGCUGAUAAUGAAGAAAAUUUUCACCGGAAUACAAGCUGUUGUUGCCAAAGGUCACUUUAUGACUAUAGACGGUAUACCAUUGAGCAACCUCUCCCUCCGCUGGGCCGACAAUGAGCCCAACAAUGCGAACAACAACGAAGACUGUCUCACCAUGAACGGUGAGAGCGAAGUAGCUGAUGCCAACUGUGCUGACGUUUGCCCUUUCUUCUGUGCUAAGAAGAGCUCGAAGAUGACGGUCAACAAAUGCGGCACUACAGACGAUGAAUAUCACUUAGAGCCCCGGACUGGCAGUUGCUACAAGUUCCACCAGCUCCCCCGGACCUGGCACCAGGCCGCUGGCGCCUGCUUCUCCGAAGGAGCCCACCUCGCCAUCAUCAACAGCCCUGAGGAGUCCCAGGUCUUGAAGGAACUGUUCGCGAAGUACCCUCAGAACACGUUGAGGGUGAAGUACCCUCAUGUUGCCAUGAUUGGCUUUUGGGACUGGAAUGAGCAUGCGAGGAAUGGAGAAUGGUUGACGAUUUUCGGAGAGACUCUAGCAGCAGCUGGUUUCUCAACAUGGAGUGCGAACGAGCCGAACAACGCGUUCGGGAUCGAGUUCUGCGGCUCGAUCGUUCGCGACGGACUGCUCAACGACUUCGAGUGCAAUACUUCUGCUGUGUUCAUCUGCGAGAGAGAGAGAGCAUAUAAAUAA